AUGGGGAUAAUUCACGACGGUGGUGGCAAUGCUUCAAGGGAAAUUGAGGUUUUUUUGGUUCGUUCAACGUCAUUCAACGAUGCUAACAUAUAUAACCGAUUAAUAGUCAUUCAAAGAUCUGUUUAUGUUAUCGGUGUUUACCUACGACUACCAACAUUAGGACUGAUGGGUGUAGAAAAGGUGUUAAGAUGUCUAAGUAACAGUGUUUCUCGAUUCAUUCAUCUUGUCACAUUUGGUGUACCCAAGAACUUGCCAUGUCAGAAGGAGUACAAAGAUGUUGCUGGUUCACUGAAGCUUUUUAAACGUAUACUUGAUAACAUUGAUGAUACACACAUACAUUCAGAUGAAAUUUUGCACAAGGAGUUUGAGGAACUUGAUGUAGCUGUAAAUGAGGCUCGAGAGUUCAUUGAGAAUUGGGGUUUUCACUCCAGCAAAAUUUGUGGGGUUGUUCAAAGCCGAGAACUAAUUGUUAAAAUCCAAAGCUAUUCAAUCAAGAUUUGUGAAACUGUAUUCAGGUCUUUGGAAUCAUCAUUACCACCAACAUCUACUACUUUAGCUGAUAUUCAGCAUUGUAUGGAGGAAUUUGAGAGUUUAAAGUUGGAAACUGCAUCUGAAAAGCUAGAGGAGGCUAUGAAGUUCAUAAGAGAAGGAAAGGUUCCACCAUUAGAACAUCUAACAGAAAUCAUAGAGUUGCUUCAUUUGUCAUCAAGCCAAGAACUGCUCAAAGAGAGCAUUGCAGUGGAAAAAGAAAACUUGAAAGCUGACAAGUCAAAUCAAGUCGACCACAUUGUUGACCUUGUCUUUCAUAUAAGAGAAACCAUGGUAAAUCUUGAAAGCUUGAAAGCCAUUAAUGGUGUUUCAGUCCCUUCAUAUUUCAUCUGCCCGUUGUCCCUGCAACUCAUGUUUGAUCCAGUAAUCGUGGCCACAGGACAAACUUAUGAAAGAGAUUCCAUCAAAAAAUGGCUUGAUCAUGGAUUCACAAGAUGUCCAGUAACCCGUCAAACACUUUCACACACCAAUUUGAUCCCAAAUUACACAGUCAAAGCUUUGAUUUCAAAUUGGUGCGAUGAAAACAACGUAAAAGUCAACCGAACCGUUGACCACAAUCAACCGGAAUUGGAAUCAGUUAGCCAUUUGACACAAAAAGAUGAAAAUGGAUUUGAUCAUCGAUCCCCCGUUGAGUCAUGUAGCCACAGCAGGACCGGAUCGACAUCUACCGCUGUUUCCAGUUCCGAUUACCAACACAUUUCCGUUUCCAAUUCCGGAGAAAUCGCUUCCGAUUCCGGUUCCGGGUUCUCACAAUGGCCGUCAGACGGCGGAAACCGAAACUACCCACGAACGGUCUCCCUUCCGCUUGAUUCUUCACCAAAUGAUAUAACAACAUCUUCACUUAUCGAACAACUUGUAAACGACCUUAAAUCCAAUUCCAAUUCCGCCCAAACGAAAGCCGCAGCGGAAUUACGAUUCCUUGCUAAAAACAACAUGGAAAACCGAACCAUGAUCGGACAAUCCGGAGCCAUCCAGCCGCUCUUGCAACUGUUACGAUCCAACAUAAAAAUAACUCAAGAACAUGCGGUGACUGCUCUUUUAAAUUUGUCAAUCAACGGAAACAUAAAGUCAAUGAUAGCGGAAUCAGGUGCAAUCGACCCGUUAAUUCACGUUUUGGAAACCGGAAACCCAUGUGCAAAAGAGAACGCGGCUGCAGCCUUGUUCAGCCUCUCGUUGUUGGAAGAAUACCGGGUCAAAAUCGGUCAAUCGGGUGCGGUCAAACCGUUGGUUGACCUUUUAAGAUCGGGGACACUAAGAGGGAAGAAAGAUGCAGCGACUGCUUUGUUUAAUUUAUCGAUAUUUCACGAGAAUAAAGCGCGGAUUAUUCAGGCGGGAGCGGUGAAGCAUCUUGUGGAGUUGAUGGAACCGGAAUCGGAAAUGGUUGAUAAAUCGGUUGCUUUGCUUUCGAAUCUGUCGAGUGUUCCGGAAGGGUGUUUGGCGAUUGCAAAGGAAGGUGGGAUUCCGUUGUUGGUUGAGUUGCAUUGUCCCAGUCCGGGACAUCAAGAGCCAAGGAGAAGGCACAACAACUUCUGAGUCACUUUCGCAGCCAACGUGAAAAUGCUUCUGGAAGAGGGAAAUCUUGAGAAACAAAAGAGAUGUGUUUGUUUCCACAUCAAGUUAUCUGAAAAGUUUGAAGAUUUUGAAUAUCAAUGGUGGUUGAUGGGGACAUGAAAGUGAAGGGUUAGAUCAGUUUCAGGCUUCUUGUUGGUGGUUAAAAGAGUGAUUUCUUUUCAUUAUAUUUUUUUUUUGUUUUGUGGAUUCUUGUAUUGUUAUCACAUAGUAUGUAAAGAGAAUGAAGGAAGGAAAAAAAAAACCCACGAAUCUAUGAUUUUAAUCAAACGGUUCGGGUUCAUGCCUCAUGGAGAGCAACAUUUUUUUUUUUUUUUGCUUAUAUUUAUGA